AUGGAGAUUUGCGAGACCGGCGAGGCGUUCGUUGAGAAAGAUGAUGACCUCGUUUUCGACCACACCAAGAUCAUCCUGAAAGGAGCCGAUGACGAAUUUUUCUAUGCCAAAACGAAUUCCCGCGAGCACCAAAUUCCUCAGAUAGACGUCAAUAGUUUAGAUAUCUCUAGGAUUCCCGCGGACCAUAUCUGGCCUUUGGCUGAUUCCACGUUCACUCGCGCUCCCGAUCCGCUACCUUCAACCUCCUAUCUGAAGCGGCCCAGCCUUCUGUAUUACGAAGAUACACACGACACUUCCGAGUACAGCCAUCAAAUUUUGACUGAGAUCGAGGCGUGCGAGAUCCUGCGAAGAAACCCACACCCCAAUAUUGCUCAGUAUCUAGGCUGUCUUGUGAAAGAUGGCCGAGUAAGAGGACUCUGCUUCACGAGAUACUCCAUAACCCUUGCACAAUUGCUUCGAGACGGGACAGAUUUCAACAAAAGUCAUUGCUUGCUCGGGAUCAAAGCAGGAGUACGCCAUUUGCACGACUUGGGACUUGUACACAACGAUUUGAACCCAUCAAAUAUCAUGAUGCAUGGAGAUGAUGCUGUCAUUAUAGACUUUGACUCGUGUAAGCGUGAAGGAGAGGAAUUAGGUUUGAAGAGAUGGACAGUUGGAUGGGCGCUGGACAAUCAGGACUAUGCGAGGCGAGAGAAUGAUGUCUAUAGCUUCUCGAAGAUAGAAGAGGCUCUACUUGAGGACGCUUCAUCACCGGCUCAAACUCCAACAUAG